GAGCCUCACAAGGCCUUCAAUCCUUCCUUCGAAGCCUCCUCCUCUUCACAAGCUUCUCCUUCGGUGUUGCAAUGGUGGGCGCCAAUGCAGCGCUCGGAACGAGCGCGGCGUCGUUCUCUGCCACUAGUUCUGUUGCUGUUGCUGGGGCCGCUGCUGGGGCUGCUGCUACGGGCAGGCGUGAGAGUGGUGUGAGGUCGCCGUGCGUCGCGUCGUCUUCUUCGUCUUUGUCGCUUGGUGUGCGAUGUCGAGCUGUGUCCGUGCGGAGGCCCGGGUUGGAUGCUUCCAGGAGUUUGCGAAGCUCGUUGUUGGCGUCUGGGAGCUCUGGAGUUGGGUUCUCCAGGAACGAAUUCUUUGCGAGACAUGAAGCAUUUUUCCUAGCCUCCAACAUUGGAAUAUUGCAUGAGGCAAGGAGAGAGAAUGGCCGGGGCCUGGUUGUACGAGCCGCUGUGUUCGAUCAACUCACGGACAGCCUCGAAGCAGCGUGGUCGAAACUUAAGAAGGAAGAUGUUUUGACUAAAGAUAAUAUCAAAGAACCUAUGAAAGAUAUUCGAAGAGCUCUGCUUGAGGCUGAUGUGAGUUUACCAGUUGUUCGGAGAUUUGUGAAAUCCGUAUCGGAGAAGGCAAUUGGUAUGGGGGUGGUUCGUGGAGUGAGACCAGACCAGCAGCUUGUCAAGGUAGUGAAUGAUGAGUUGGUAGGCCUCAUGGGUGGAGAGAUGGUUGGCAUUGAAUUUGCCAAAUCUGGUCCUACCGUCAUUUUAAUGGCAGGGCUACAGGGAGUGGGGAAGACAACUGCGUGCGGAAAGCUUGCCCUUUUUUGCAAGAAAAAGGGAAAAAGUGUCAUGAUGGUAGCGACAGAUGUGUACAGGCCAGCAGCCAUCGACCAGCUCGUCACCCUGGGAAAGCAGGUGGAGGUUCCAGUUUUCGAAGCUGGUAAUCAAUUACGGCCUGCAGAGAUUGCAAAGAGGGGACUUGCUGAGGGCAAAAAACAAGGAAUAGAUGUUAUCAUCGUUGAUACGGCUGGACGUCUCCAGGUAGAUCGAGGAAUGAUGGAUGAGCUCAAGCAGAUAAAACAAGUGGUGAAUCCAACUGAAGUUCUGCUAGUGGUUGAUGCCAUGACUGGUCAAGAAGCUGCAGGCCUGGUUGCAUCGUUUAAUCUGGAAAUUGGCAUAACUGGUGCGAUCCUAACAAAGCUUGAUGGUGACUCUCGAGGUGGAGCUGCAUUGAGUGUCAAAGAGGUGUCUAAUAAACCAAUUAAGUUUGUGGGAGAAGGAGAGGGCAUGACAGCGCUGGAACCCUUCUAUCCUGAUCGAAUGGCCAGUCGCAUCUUAGGAAUGGGAGAUGUGUUGACAUUUGUGGAGAAGGCACAGGAAGUGAUGGUCAAAGAAGACGCGGAACUUAUGCAGAAGAGAAUAAUGGAGGCUAAAUUUGACUUCAAUGAUUUCCUUGCUCAAACACGGAAUUUAGCUCGAAUGGGCUCCAUGAGUAAUAUCAUGAAGUUUUUACCCGGCAUGAACAAGGUGAGUCCACAACAAAUUCGCGAAGCUGAGAAGAGUCUUAAAAUCAUGGAAUCUAUGAUCAACUCUAUGACUCCUAAGGAGAGAGCCGAUCCUGAUCUUCUUGCAAAGUCUCCUUCCAGGAGGCGAAGAGUUGCUAAUGGUUCUGGAAGAUCACAAGAGCAGGUUAGUGCUUUAGUGGCUCAACUUUUCCAAAUGCGAGUACGCAUGAAAAGUUUGGCAACUAUGAUGCAAGGUGGCUCGAUACCUGGGAUGGAGGGCUUAGAGGAAGGCAUGAAAGGUGGAAGAAAGGCAGCCCCAGGUACAGCAAAGAGGAAAAGGAGUCGUGGUUUUGCGUCUCAGCUUGCAGAGUCUGGUGCCAAAUCUUCACCAAAAGGAUCUGGAGGUUUCGGUGGCUUUGCCAAGAAGUGACCCAUUUUUCUUGCUCCACCAUUCUUUUUUUCUUUUUUUCUUUUUGAUGAUGAGCGGUUUCAAACAUAGUAUUACUCGUCAAGUGUCAGCACGAAUUUUGUGUCAGUCAGUUCAUUUAGAGAUUCUGUAGUUCAGUGAAACACACACAGAUAAUCCAAACCCUAUUUCACUUUUAAUACAUAUUCCUCGCAACUUUCUCACUCA